CCGCGCCCGCGCCGGCCUCACGUGUGGUGCCUGGAGCGGCUGCUGCGGGGCAGGGACCGGAUCCUCAGGAGUCGCGCCCGCCGCUCCAAGGCGCGCUCCCCCGCCACCUGCGCCAACGUGCUUACCCCGGACCGCAUCCCCGAGUUCUGCAUCCCACCGCGACUCGCGCCUCGCUUAGCCCUGGCCGCCCUCCAGAGCCCCCGGGCGGAAGAGGUCGCAACAGACGACGGCGCCAGCUGCACCGACUGGGACCCGCGCUCGCAGGCUGCGCUCUCGCUGUCGCACGUGCCCCGUGCGCGCACCGCCUACGGCUUCUGCGCGCUGCUCGAGAGCCCGCACACACGCCGCACGGAGUCGCUCUUCCUCGGGGACCCCGCGCCGCUCCCCCGGGCCCGCACCUACGGCGGCGGAGGGACGGGAGCCGCGCCCCUCACGCCCUCGCGGGCACCAAGCAGCGCUGCCCCCUGCCCGCCCCGGGACACGCCCGCCCCGGGGCCCCACAGCCGCCGCCGCCGCCUCCUGCGCGCCUCCGACCGCCUACUGAGCCGCGCGCUUCGGGCCGGGGGGAGUCGUGGCCCAGCCCGCUCCCGCUCGGUCUCCAGCGAGGAGGACGACGACCACGACAGCUACGGCAACGGUGACGGUGACGAGCGCCACAAGGACGCGCAGUCCCCGAUCGAGCGCCUGCGGGCCGAGGGCGCCGCGGCUCUGGAUCCCGAUCCCGGCGCGCGCGGUGGGCGCCUCCGCCUGCGGCUGCUGCGCCCCGAGAGCCCAGCCACGGACGCCCCCGAGUCCCGCGUCUCUUGCCGCAGCCGCCACCUGGCCCUGCGGCCGACGAGCCCCACACGCGAGCAGCGCCGCCUGAUGCUCGGCUGGAGCCGGGAGUCUGCUCCAGACCCGGAGCCAGACUGCACUGGGGCGUCAGGGGAGCCGGUGCGCCGUCUGACUAUGCGCGUCCCGGUCGGGAACACGGGGCGCCCACGGGCACGGGGCUCCCUAGUGCUGGGCUCGCUGCUGCUGCUGCCCUGAAGAUGCACCGUGGACUCUCCCACACUGACAGCUGCUCUGUACAAAAUAAAUGUGUUUUAUCCUUUUA